AUGGUAAAGGAACCAGCAUUUGCCCUCCACUUGACAAAGUUAGGCCCCUCUUGGUUGGACCCCAUCAUUGAUUUCCUGGAAAACGGCAGCCUCCCUAACGAUGAGAAGGCAGCUAAAGCGUUGAGAAGGGACGCAACCAAAUAUGCGACCAUACAGGGACAACUGUUUAAAAAGGGACUCAGCCAGCCCCUAUUGAAGUGCCUGCAUCCCGACCAGACGGACUAUGUACUUAGAGAAGUCCACGAGGGGUGCUGCGGCCACCAUAUCGAGGGCAAAGCCCUAGCGAGAAAGCUCAUCCGAGCUGGAUACUACUGGCCAUCGAUGAUGGAAGAUUCCAAAGAAUUCGUGAUGAAUGCGUCAAGUGUCAAGAGAAUUCUAACUUCCACAGAGCACCGGCUUCCGAACUAA